AAUGAGUGAAUUUUAUAGUGUUCUUGGUACAUUCCUUACUGACCACGUCCUCCAUAGAAAGAAUCCUCUGCUCUCCUUCCUGGAAACGAGAGGAAGUUGAACAACAUUCAAAUUCUUUGAGCUCGCUGGAAGUGCAAGAGGACGGAUUCAGCAUGCCCCUCCGAACACUGCUAUAUCAACCCAGAAACUGAAGAACACCUCCCACUCGGACAUGAACAAUUUGACUGUUGGGCAUCUGCAAUGCUCAAGGAUGAUGGGAUGGCAACUGUCAAUAAGCCACCACAUCACAAGCUUUUCAAUUCUCGUCCUUCAGCAAUCAGUCCUGUACUACAGCGGUGGCUCGACACCCAAAACACUAAAUCAUCUUCAUCGUCUGCCCCAGUUUUCAACUUCACGAUCAGAAAUGAAGUCAUCGAUUUUUUUCGCCCACAGGUGCCUGCUAUUCCCACAAUACCACUGGCUGCAGCUGCAGCCCCCUCCGACCCUACAUGUACCUAUCUCCUUCAUCCAUCUCGUAUGCAAGGAACAGACAUGCCACUCAACAAGUUUUGUGAAGAAUAUGACCUAGGCAACACCAUUCAUGCGAAGCUUGCUGAGAAUGCCUACAAAGAAGCUCGAUUCCUUCGCUUCGUAACCAUUCCAGAGUUGAAGGAGAUGGGAUUUCAGUUGGGUGAGAUUGCUGCAUUACGCGACACAGUGGAAAGGUGGUCUCUCCCUUGUGCUUGAUAUUUUAUUCAUAGGACUUGGACCUGCUCACAACUACAUUGCCAAUACCAUGUAUACUAUACAAACUGUUUUGUAGUCUAGAAAUACC